CUUCCGCGAACAUUUUGUCAUUCUUUUCGCUCACUAUUUCUAUUGCCUUUUUCUUUUUUUUUCUCCCCUGAACUUCUCACGAUGGCUGAUGGUAAGCACACACUCUCCCUGUAUUGAAUCUUCCCUCCUUUCCCGAGGCUGACUUUAACAGCGGAAUUCGAGGAGAUCAAACGCAUGCAGCAGGAGCGCAACGCGAUGAAAUCAAAGUCGAAAGCCUUUGACCCUUCAACGCAGCGCACGGACAACACUACGAAGGCGGCCUUGACUGAGACCUUUGACACCACACUGUACGAUCGCGCGAAUGGGGACAAAUUCGCUGGUUACAACACGUCGAUUCCUGCUAACGAUGAUGGCGAUGAUGAUGUGGAUAUGGAUGGGGGCGAUGGAACACGGAGGCUGGUGGGCCAGUACACUGCUUCCAAGGAGAUUAUGAGCGAGUUUGCGAAUGCCGGUGACGAUGAUAUGGAUCUGAUGUCUGCAAAGGCAAAAGGGGGUCAAAUCGCCGACAGGGAGACGGAUUACCAGAAGCGUAGGUUUCAAAGACAGUUGACGCCAACGCGAAAGGACGCGUUUGCAAGCGAUGGGGCGGAGGGUGAAGGCCGGAGCUACCGGGAGGUUAUGUUGGAAAAGGAACUUGAGAGGGAAGAGGAACGUGUUAGGAGGCGGAUUGAGGAAAAACUCAAAAAUGGGGACGGCGAGUCGGACGACGCUGAGCAUGAGGCCACUCUUAAAGAUGAAGAGGCUGAUAUGGAGAACAGAGAUGGAGCGACCGAUGGGACAAGGAAGCGGGUAUGCCUUUCAAUCCUUACCCUAGCCUUAUACCAUAGGGAGUUUUAUAUUAACAAGCUUAUAGAAGAAGAGAUGGGAUGUUGGUGUUGAUGAUAAUACGGUAGUAGUUAAAGAGGAGGACACUUCGAAGAAGCGAUCGAGCAGGUGGGACGUCGCUGCUGCACCGGAUGCGACACCAGUGGUAAAGCGUUCUCGAUGGGACCAGGCACCCUCACUUAGUGCUGCUACACCAGUCGGAAACCAGGGACUAGUGACACCUAUCCAUCCUACAGUUAAUGCGACACCGGUACCUUCGCUGCCGAUUACUUUUGGUCAUGGCGAUAGGAAUGCCCCUCUGUCUGACGAAGAAUUGGAUGAGAUGCUGCCGAAGGAAGGGUACAAGAUUCUUGAGCCCCCACCAGGAUAUGCACCUAUCCGUACCCCUGCUAGGAAGCUUAUGUCUACUCCUGCCCCCAUGGCAUCAUCCUCCGGAAUCGGUGGGUUUAUGAUGCAGGAACCUGAGAAUGCCAGGAUCCUGGGAAAACAGAUGCCCACAGAUAUUCCUGGAGUUGGCGAUCUCCAGUUCUUCAAAGCCGAGGAUAUGGUCUAUUUUGGAAAGCUCGUAGACGGCGGAGAUGAGAACUCCAUGACUGUCGAGGAAUUGAAGGAACGAAAGAUCAUGCGUUUGCUCCUGAAAGUCAAGAACGGAACGCCGCCAAUGAGGAAGACGGCCCUUCGUCAGCUUACUGAUAAUGCUCGUCAAUUUGGCGCGGGGCCAUUGUUCAACCAGAUUUUGCCCUUGCUCAUGGAGAAGACCCUUGAGGACCAGGAACGGCAUCUGUUGGUCAAGGUCAUUGACCGUAUUCUCUACAAGCUGGAUGACCUUGUUAGGCCGUAUGUGCAUAAAAUCUUGGUCGUCAUUGAGCCACUUCUGAUUGAUCAGGACUAUUAUGCGAGAGUCGAGGGACGGGAAAUCAUUAGCAAUCUUUCGAAAGCUGCUGGUUUAGCUCACAUGAUAUCGACAAUGCGACCAGAUAUCGACCAUGUAGACGAAUACGUCCGUAACACUACAGCUCGAGCAUUCGCCGUAGUAGCUUCCGCCCUCGGUAUACCAGCGUUGUUACCGUUUUUGAGGGCUGUUUGCCGCAGUAAGAAGAGUUGGCAAGCAAGACAUACUGGUGUCAAGAUUGUUCAGCAGAUCCCAAUUUUGAUGGGUUGUGCCAUCCUACCCCACCUCAAAGGAUUGGUGGAUUGUAUCGGGCCCAACUUGGAGGACGAGCAAGCUAAGGUUAGAACAGUCACUAGUUUGGCUAUUGCUGCCUUGGCCGAGGCCGCAAGCCCAUACGGUAUCGAGAGUUUUGAUACAAUUCUCAAUCCCCUAUGGACCGGUGCAAAGAAGCAGCGGGGAAAGGGAUUGGCUGGAUUUUUGAAGGCAGUCGGUUAUAUUAUCCCACUCAUGGACGAGGAAUAUGCCAAUUACUACACCUCAGAAGUAAUGGAAAUCCUGCUAAGAGAAUUCCAGAGCCCGGAUGAGGAAAUGAAAAAAGUCGUUCUAAAGGUUAUUAGCCAAUGCGCAGGGACAGAGGGUGUAACGGCAGGAUACUUGAAGGAAAAUGUGCUACCCGAGUUUUUCAAGGCCUUCUGGGUUCGGCGCAUGGCCUUGGACAAACGAAAUUAUCGGCAGGUGGUUGAAACCACAGUCGACCUUGGCCAAAAGGUAGGAUGCGGAGAGAUUAUUGAGAGGGUUGUUGAUCACCUUAAGGAUGAGAGCGAGCCGUAUCGUAAGAUGACGCUGGAGAGUGUCGAGAAGGUUAUUGCUUCUCUUGGCGCUGCUGACAUUGGUGAACGUUUGGAGGAGCGACUCGUGGAUGGUGUCCUAUUCGCUUUCCAGGAGCAAACUAUGGAGGACGUGGUUAUGUUGAACGGGUUCGGUACUGUGGUUAAUGCGUUAGGCACCAGAUGCAAGCCGUACUUGCCACAGAUCGUGAGUACCAUUCUCUGGAGGUUGAACAACAAGAGCUCUGCCGUCCGCCAACAGAGUGCGGACUUGAUCUCACGGAUUGCGGUUGUCAUGGUAUGUUUAUUCCCUGUUGAAUUUUUAUAUUGCGAACAUGGCUGACCUGGCGAACAAAAAAGAAACAAUGUGGCGAAGAUGCUUUGAUGGGAAAGCUUGGUGUUGUUCUAUAUGAGUACCUAGGAGAAGAGUAUCCCGAAGUCCUGGGUUCAAUUCUUGGAGCUCUGAGGUCUAUUGUCACAGUUGUAGGCAUCAACAGCAUGCAGCCUCCAAUCAAGGACCUGCUUCCUCGCCUGACGCCAAUUUUGCGAAAUCGACACGAAAAGGUGCAAGAGAACACUAUUGAUUUGGUAGGCAGAAUCGCGGAUCGAGGCGCCGAGUUUGUGAGUGCGAGGGAAUGGAUGCGAAUCUGUUUUGAGUUGCUGGAUAUGUUGAAAGCACACAAAAAGGGCAUUCGAAGAGCGGCAAACAACACUUUUGGCAAGCAAUCUAUCCAUAUUCACGCUCGUGCUGUUGCUAAUCUUUAAUUCAGGCUUCAUUGCCAAAGCUAUCGGUCCCCAGGAUGUUCUUGCAACUUUACUCAACAAUCUCCGUGUGCAGGAACGUCAGUCCCGUGUUUGUACUGCCGUUGCUAUCGGUAUUGUUGCUGAGACCUGCGCUCCCUUUACCGUACUUCCGGCUUUGAUGAACGAGUACCGGGUGCCAGAGCUUAACGUCCAGAACGGUGUCCUCAAAUCCCUUUCCUUCUUAUUUGAGUACAUUGGUGAGAUGGCAAAGGAUUACGUCUACGCUGUCACUCCCCUUCUCGAGGACGCACUAAUCGACCGUGACCAAGUCCAUCGCCAAACUGCGGCUUCUGUUGUGAAGCACGUUGCACUGGGCGUGGUCGGGCUGGGCUGUGAGGAUGCUAUGAUGCAUCUCUUAAACCUGCUGUACCCGAACAUGUUUGAGACAUCCCCCCAUGUUAUUGACCGAAUCAUUGAGGCGAUUGACGCUAUCCGUAUGGCUAUCGGCCCCGGCCUAGUCAUGAACUAUGUAUGGGCAGGCCUUUUCCACCCCGCAAGGAAGGUCCGGACACCGUACUGGAGACUGUACAAUAAUGCGUACGUGCAGAGCGCGGACUGCCUUGUGCCCUUUUACCCAAAUCUUGAUGAGGAUAAAUUGCAGCGGAAUGAUCUGAUGAUCGUACUUUAAGAGAUGGAACAUGAAAUUAGCUAUUUUUUCUUCUCUUUUUUCCCCACCAUUUUUCCUUCAUGUUAUCCCUUCCUUUUUUGGCGGAUUUAAACUUUUUCUUGUAGGAUACUGAUACUGCCUGCUGUAGUGCCGAAGGCGGGGGGAUUGGGAAGUAGGGGGGGGGAUUCUUUAGUAUAUAAUUAUUGCCUUUUUUUCCCGUGAGUUCACUUUAGCUAGUACUUGGUAUGCUUGUUAUUGUCGGGUUGGUUUGUCUUGGUAGAAAUAAUUUGAGUUGUGUUUUUUUAGUGGUGAGUGGGGUAUGGAUGAAUGUGUUGUCUUGGUAAAGCACAAUUUACUGAUAUAAUACUCUGCUAGUGUAAACUUGCUUUCUCUUCGGACGAGUCGUGCCAACUUUACAGGGCGAUAUGGUGCUAAUCACUUAAAAGGUGCAUAGUGCUCCAUGCAGCAUGUAACACUCAACCUCUAAGAAACUAGGUCCUUACCCUAGGCCUGGUAUCUUCAGAAUUUAGACAAGCAAUCGGAAUAAAUCUGAUUUGAAACAUUG